GAGCCAAUGGGAGGCAUGUUUGUUGUGAAGUCUCUGGGUCCGCGGGAGCUGGGCUGUCCCCCAGCUAGUCCCGGGCCGGGUACCGAAGCCCACAUCCCACAACCAGGAUGCUCCUCAGCUUCCGCAGGAACCGCCGGGGCCAGUUCUGAUCUGCCCUGGGUUUCCUUUGUGCAGAAUCACAUCAUCCAUGGCUUCCUCCCAGCAGCCAGCAUUGCUCCGAAGCCAGCUGUGCCACGCACACCUCCUCCCCGAAGCCCCAAGCCAUCUCCAGAGAGACCCAGGUCUGCUCUAGCUGCGGUCAUCCUGACAACCACAUUGACUGGACAGACAGUUGCCAUUCCCCAGCCUCGCCAGAGGUCCCUGUCUGAGAGUGACGCCUCCUACGUUGAAAAGGACAGCAUCAUCGAGCCCUAUGCCACCACCUCAGAGCUGAGGCUUCGGCAAAGCUGGCAGAAUGCGCCAGAAAGAACCUCCUUGCCGUCCUUGGAGACUGUAGACCACGAGGAGGAUGGGGAUGCCGAAACGCAGGUGUCAACCAGCUUCAGGGAGUCGGAGUCCAGCACCUGGAAGGAUGUGGGAGACGGCAGAGAUGCCGCAUAUGCUGUGCCUCACAGAAAUCAGGUGCUGUCGUCACAGAAGAUGGCGAGGGACGACGAUGCUUCUGAGCAGGAUGGGCUCUCAGACUCCUCCUCCGCUGCCGCCGCCUUUCCACAGCACCCUCAACACAAAGGUGGUAAAUACUCUGUUCUGAACCUAGAGGAUGAGAAAGUGCCCUUGCGUGAAAAACCUCCUCCCUCUCCAGAUGUAGCCGCUAGAGUACAUCAGAGAUACACAGAACUAACCAAAGAAAAGUUUGAGGAAUUAAAAGAAGAAACCAUGCAUCUACACGCCGUAAACCAGUCCCUCAGCCUUGAACUGAGUGCAGCGAGACAAACAAUGAAGGACCUAGAGCUGAAGAUGAAGAGGGUGGAGAAAGACAACAGGAGGCUGAAAGAGGCAGAAAAGGCAUCCUCUCAGGAAGUGGUCGCACCUGAAUUACUUUGCCUAAGAAAGCAAGGCCAAGACCUGGUGGAUGAAAACGAGGGCUUGAAGAUGAUCGUUCAUCGUUUGAACGUUGAGCUCAGCCGCUACCAAACAAAAUUCAGGCAUUUGUCUGAGGAGGAGAGUUCCCGCAUCGAAGGCCUCCCAUCAAAGGGCCCCACACCUCCCUGGUUGCUGGAUAUAAGGUACCUCUCACCACUGCUGCUGGCUUAUGAAGACAGAAUGAAAGAGAAGGACAAACUCAUCACCACCCUGGAGGAGGAAAUGAAAACCUUUAGGAUGCGAGCCCAAGAAGUGGUGGAGGAAAAUGAAGGAUUGCAUCAGCAGUUAAAUAAGAGCAGCCCUGUGACCAGCGAGGAAUGGAGGCAGCUCCAGGCUCAAGCAGAGCUGGUUCUAGAUGAAAACAAGCUGUUGAUAGAGCAGUUGGAGAUUCAGCAAACAAAAGCCAAGGAUGCCCACCAGGAGCACCUCCAAGAAGUUUCUAAGCUGACAAAACAACUCAUGCUCCUGGAGGCAAAGACCCAGGAGCAGGAACAGCAGCUGGCGGAGAGCCAGGGGCAGCUGGGGAACUUACAGGCUAGAUGCCAAGAACUCAAAGUACAGCUGGACAGCAAGAUUGCCAUGGACGUUCAUACAUCAAUUGUCAAUGAGCUGAAAAGCCGGUUGGAAAAGGAAGAAGAGAAAGAUAGCGCUGAGAUGGAGGAGCUGCUGGGGAAGCUGACCGCCCUACAAAUGCAGAAGAAGAGCCUGCUCCUGGAGAAGAACAGCUGGACUAGCAGAAACAAAGCGCUAGAGGCUGAGCUGGAGCGCACGCGCAAGGCAAACAGGCGAUACCAAAAGAAAGUCGAUGGCCUCAGAAAGCAAGUGGAAAAAGCCAUGGGGAAGGAGAUGUCUGCCCACCAAUACCUGGCAAACCUGGUGGGCUUGGCAGAGAAUGUCACCAAGGAACGAGACAGCCUUAAGUAUUUGGCUCAGUGUUUAGAAAGUGAGAAGCAUGGAGUUCUCAACAAAAUCCUGAAAGGCAACAUUCGCCUGGGGAAACUAGAGGAGAGGGUGAAGGGGUACAAGAAACAGGCUGCGCUGAAGCUGGGGGACAUCCAUCACCGCCUGGUGGAACAGCAGGAGGACUUUGCUGGCAAAGCAGCUCAGUAUCAGAAGGAGAUGAGGCACCUGCAGCGAAUGCUGCGGGAAAAGCAAGAGGUCCUGGAUGAGGCGCUGCAGCAGAAACGAGAAAUGGAAGGUGAGCUUGAAAUGGUUCUGGAGUCCACUGCCAAGGAAAACAGAAGGAUGCGAGGCCUUCUCCAGGCCACCCUGGAGAGGGGCAGCCCACAGCACACCAGAGCUCGUGAAGACACUUGCUUCAGUGGCCUAGCUCAGGGAGACCUGCUGAUUGGCCAUGAUUUCAGCUAUGGUGACAUGCAGCCUGCUGCUACCAUUGCCCGCCAGAGUCUGGGGGAGUCUGUGGCCUAGACCUUGUCUGAGGUGAACUUCCCCCAAGCUCACAGUGGGUGGUUCCUCUCCUCAGGAGAGCCUGUGUGGCAAGGAAGUCAGAGGAAGCCACUGAGUGACAUAGGGAAGAAAGAAAUAAACCAGCCCGAGCAUCA